AUCAUUGUUCUGUAUUGUUUUGUUUUGUUCGUUCCAUUUUGCGGAUUAUUCUAUUCAACACUCAUUCCAUUCUCUCUCUUUCUUCUCUCUCACCAUCCCCACAUUUUCCAUUCACCAUUCUUCCAAUUCAAUCUCUCAUUCUCCAAAUCGCCACAUGAUUCGUAAUCGCAAGAGAAAUUGAUCUUGAUGGGUCUCUAACAAGUUUGAAAUUAAAGAGGUUCGAAUGAUUUGAAUGAGUUGUUGCAAUUUUCUUAUGAAGAAUUCUGGAACUACUGAGUUGAAUGAUUUCUAUCCCAUUCGACCAGAAUGCAUAGCUGAUGUUCCAGCAACUCGUUUUAAACCAAGGUCUGGCAAGACUUUAAGUGCAAGAAGAUGGCAUGCAGCAUUUGAUGGAGAGGGUCGUUUGGAUAUCGCAAAAGUGCUGAGACGAAUACAGCGAGGGGGUGUCCACCCUUCAAUCAAAGGGGUGGUAUGGGAAUUCUUACUAGGUUGUUAUGAUCCUAACAGUACAUUUGACGAACGGAAUGAGCUCAUGCAACGUCGAAGGGGGCAGUAUGAUAUGUGGAAAGCUGAAUGUCAAAAGUUCGUCCCAACCCUUGGUAGUGGAAAAUUUCUUACAACACCCCUCAUCGGUGAGGAUGGCCAGCCAACAGAUCCUUCUUUGGUAAAUCUCACAACUUCAGAUAAGAAAGUUGUACAAUGGAUGCAGUUAUUACAUCAGAUUGGUCUUGAUGUUGUUCGAACAGACCGAGCACUUGUCUUUUAUGAAGAUGAAGCUAAUCAAGCAAAACUUUGGGAUGUUCUAUCGAUUUAUGCUUGGAUGGACAAUGAUAUUGGUUAUGUCCAAGGAAUGAAUGAUAUUUGCUCACCUUUGGUUAUUCUUAUUGAGAAUGAAGCAGAUUGCUAUUGGUGUUUUGACCGUGCGAUGCGAAGGAUGAGAGAGAACUUCAGGUGCACUGCAAGUUCAAUGGGAGUGCAAACUCAGUUGGGUACACUCUCGCAGAUAAUGAAAACAGUUGAUCCCAAGCUUCAUCAUCACCUUGAGGAUUUAGAUGGUGGAGAGUAUCUCUUUGCAUUUCGCAUGCUGAUGGUUCUUUUCCGAAGAGAAUUUUCUUUUGCAGAUACUUUGUAUCUUUGGGAGUUGAUGUGGGGCAUGGAAUACAACCCAAACAUCUUCGCGAAGUACGAGGAUCCAGAUGGUGCUAAAACAAAACCGGUGUCAGCUGCAGUAAAUAACAAAGUUCUGAAGCAAUAUGGAAAAUUUGAGAGAAAUACUUUAAAGACAGGCCAUACUGAGGAAAAUAAUGCACUGGCUAUUUUUCUUGUUGCUAGUGUUCUUGAGACCAAGAAUAAGCGGAUUUUAACCGAGGCCAAGGGUGUGGACGAUGUCGUCAAGAUUUUAGGUGACAUAACCUCAAGUCUUGAUGCGAAAAAAGCAUGUACUGAAGCAUUGAAAAUUCAGAAAAAAUACCUGAAGACCAAGCAAACGGCAGCGUGACAGAACGAACGUUAGAUUUUCUAUAACUACAUGAUGGCAGUUGGCUGCAUGAUCUUCUCAGGUUUCAGUUGCUCCUGACAGGCUAUUUGUUUUCUUCGUUUCAUUUUUUAUAUCGUAGUGAUAGCAAGCAGGUCCUAAUGUUGAUUUUGAUUCCUCAAAUUCUUCAAUAUGGAUUUCAUUAGAUAUAGUGAACCAGAAAAUAUCAAUUUUAAUAGAUAUAAACUUAAUUCAUUUGAUGAGAUUGAUUGUGGCGAAAUAAUUUAUUUAUCGUAUUGGCUUGUAUAAUGUACAAUUAUCACAUCAAUGCUUUUACAAAAUUGUCAAGUUUGUUUUGCUUGCUACUCAAGAAA